AUGCUUACGCCUUGGAUUGGCCUGGCGAUGUUCGUCAUUUCUUUCCCCAUUCUCUGGUGGAACGAGCGUAGGGCGACGGGUCAGAGGGCUUCCCACCCUUCGGGUCCAGCAGCUGGAGGUAGCACCGUGCCGGUCGUUCAGGGAACGCCGGUGAACAAAGAUGGGCCUGACAAUGCCAGAGGUGCAGAUGUGGAGGCAGAGGCAGUGGUGGGCAAGGAGGUGGCAACCACGGAGAGACAUUCCCUGCUUCAGCUGAGCCCUACCGAGGCUUACCAGGAGGGGGUUAACAACUUCGAGGACCGAAUCUGCACUCCGUUCUACUGCCGCGCGGUCCGCCAGUGCUUUGAGAAAAUGCCGGAGUUGGACGGUUAUGGCGACUGUCGAACCUACUUCUUCCGGGUGCUGGGGGUCAUGAUGAUGUUCACCGGCAUCGAUAUGUUUCUCAGCCCGACCUACUUCCUGGUGCACUCGCUGUGGUUCUUCGGCUUCAUCGUCGCUGGCCAUCUCGCGCUUUGUGCCUGCAAGAGCGCCUGCAUGCUGAGCAUCGGGACAAUCGCCACCUCUUACGUCAUCCACCGGCCGGGCAUCGUGCUUUUUCUGGCCACCUCCAUUGUGGGCGUCAGCGCGCUGUCGCUCUACUACAACGUUCCGACGCAUGGCGCUGCCGCUGCUGCGGCGCACCGAUAG